CGCCUCGGGUCAGAGCGACUGAAGCCAGGGCGAGGUGCCGGAUCUGUAGCCCUCGCGGCGCGCGAGUCCCCGGCUUCCGGUGCUCCCGUGAGGUCGCGGUUUGCUCCGUUUCCCGGUGGCCGCGAGGAGUGCUCAGUGGGGCCGUUGCGGCCGCUGCUGCGAGGGGUCAUGGAAAAGCUGCGGCGGGUCCUGAGCGGCCAGGACGACGAAGAACAGGGGCUGACUUCACAGGUCCUGGAUGCCUCAACACUUUCUUGGAAUACUAGAUUGAAGUGGUUUGCCAUAUGUUUCGUAUGUGGCAUUUUAUGUUCUCUUAUUGGAACAUCAUUGCUAUGGCUUCCAGGAGGGAUGAAACUUUUUGCAGUUUUCUACACUUUGGGAAAUAUUUCUGCAUUAGCCAGUACUUGCUUCUUAAUGGGUCCUGUGAAACAACUGAAAAAAAUGUUUGAAUCAACAAGGUUGUUUGCUACAGUUAUCAUGUUGCUUUGUUUGGUGUUAACUCUGUGUGCUGCUCUUUGGUGGCAUAAAAAAGGAUUGGCUCUGCUGUUCUGCAUAUUGCAGUUUUUGGCAAUGAGUUGGUACAGUUUAUCAUAUAUCCCAUAUGCAAGGGAUGCAGUGAAGAAAUGCUGUUCCUCUCUAAUAAGUUAAAACUAAGAAACUUUUUUGAAGAGGAAAUUUUUAUAUUGAUGUCCAGUUUUCUUGGUGAAGCAUACUUCUUCAAAAUUAAUUUUCACUCCAAAAACAUGUUGCAAUAAUCUAACUUUUUUUGUAUACUGAGUAAAAAACUUUUUAUGUUUAAUUAAACUGUUAAAUAUUUUUGUCUUAAAUUUACAACGUGCCAUUAUUGUGGUUAUCCAAAGAACAGGAAAUUUUAAUCAUAGAGCUUAGAUUAUUUUAUAAAUCACUUAUGUAGCUUUUUUUAGACUGCUUUGAGAUUUGUACUUGUUUGGAGAGAGCUUAUUGUAAAUCUACAGCAAGAUAUAUACAGUCCUGUAUAAUUUUUCUAAGACAUCAUUGUUUUUAUUUGAAAUGUGAAGCAGUUUUCUUUAGAUUGAGUGCAUAUUAUGUAUAGUAAACAAAUUAAUAUAUAAAUCAUAAUUUUGAAAUAAAACAAAAAUUUGAAAAAAGA